GAAACGUCAAACGAGAAAGUCGAUUGCUCUGUGCUUGACUCAACUGUCUGCACUAGAUCGAUGCCUUCUGCGUUCGAUGAGUCGGGUCUUCUGCUCACUGUAUGUUCAGUUGUGGAGCUGCAGCACAUAAAUUCAAAGCUAAAAGUCAGCGACCAUGGGACGUCGAUCCUCUGACAGUGAUGAUGACAGGAGCAGGAAGAAGAAAAAACAGCGGCGACAUUCAUCCUCCUCGUCUUCAUCUUCGUCGUCUUCCGGCAGCAGGGUGACAAGCAGCCGCAGUCGAAGGUCCAGUCGUCGAAGUCGAUCCCGGUCCAGAGACAAGAGAAGAAGACGAAAGUCCAGCAGCAAUUCUUCUCACAGUUCGUCUCGCAAGAGGAGGAGCCGCAGUGCAGGGAGAGACAAAGGGAGGAGCCACCGCUCACACAGGUCACACAGCCGGGACAGGAGAAGGUCUCGCAGUUGGAGUGGGAGUCGGAGCCGUCGAAGAAGUCGCAGCCGCAAAAGGAGCCGCAGCCACAGCCGUCGCAAAAGUCGCAGCCGCAGCAAAGAGCGAGACCGGAGCCACCGGAAGGGCCACGACCGAGAGCGGGAGAGGGACAGAGGAAGAGACAGAGCCAAGGACAAAGAUAAAGACAAGAGCAAAGACAAGUCUGACAGGAAAGGGAAUGCUGAGAACAUCAGAAGCAAAUUAGAACAUCUGACACCAGAGGAACAGGCUAAAGUUCGAAUGCAGAUGGUUCUGGAGGCUGCAGCUAAGACUGAUGAGGUGCUGAAGGCCAAAGUAGCCAAGAGAGAAGAGGAGGCCAGGAAGAAGUUAGAGGAUGAGGGAACUUCUCUGGAGGAGCAAGUGCGAAGGAUAAAGGACAUCGAGGCCAUCGAGAGUGAUUCCUUUGUUCCUCAGGCUUUCAAAUCAUCCAGAGAUGAUAUAAAGAUUGAGGUUGCAGUGGUGAAACAGGAGACAGAGAGCGUGGAUCCUCAGGACAUCACUCUGCCCCUGUCCAUAGUCUACAACGACAGUGACACACUCGCUCAUCCCAAUCUGUAUAUGGACAAAGAGAAGGCAGAGGAGCUGUGGCUCAACCGACUAGUGUCACUGCGACAGGAGAGGCUCAUGGGAAGUCCUGUGUCCUGAAACAUACAACACCAAAAAAUACUUAGGAUUCUGAACAUUUUCAACCUAACUUUUCACCACCAUCCUCAAAUCUCUCUGUUCACCUUCUACUAAAUUGUCUCACCUGUUCUGAUGAAAACCAGAGAUCACUUUUGAGCCUGGGGUGUGUUUGUUAUCAUUUUAUGUGCUGGUGUACUUGCAUUGAACGUUCUGAUUUAUUUCACCUCCAUUUGAUAGCUGUGAUAAAAUGUGAUGUUAGAAAACAAUUGACAGAUUGUUGUAUUAUGAAGUUGCCCGAAUAAAGCUCAGUUUGAUUUAUUUA